UUUCCCACUCUGAAAGGUCCCGUGUAUGACGACUACCCUUGUCGAGCACACACGAGAACCCUGUCCAGACUUAACACUCGAAUUUGUUCCUCAUUUGAUUAUUGACUGUGAUUAUUGUGUAGAGCUACGUGAGCUACGUACAAUUUUACAAGCGUCUACAUUCAAGCAUCACAGAAAUUAUUUUCUCCGGUUUUGAGGUUUCGUUAUCUGGAUAGGUAGCAAAGAUGGAUGAGGAAUAUGAUGCGGUUGUUUGUGGCACAGGAUUGACGGAGUGCAUCAUCAGUGGUAUGCUAUCCGUGAGCGGGAAAAAGAUUUUGCAUUUGGAUCGUAAUAAGUACUAUGGAGGAGACAGCGCUUCCAUUACUCCACUGGAAGAUUUAUUCGCCAAAUUUAACGCUGGCAAACCACCGGAAGAAAUGGGUCGGGGAAGAGAUUGGAAUGUGGAUUUGAUUCCCAAGUUCCUGAUGGCAAAUGGCGAGUUGGUGCGUCUGCUCAUUCACACCGGCGUCACCCGAUAUCUGGAAUUCAAGUCGAUCGAAGGAAGCUAUGUCUUCAAACAAGGGAAGAUUCACAAAGUCCCUGCUGAUGAGAAAGAAGCGCUGGCUUCCGGUUUGAUGGGAUUGUUUGAAAAGCGCCGAUUCCGAAAUUUCCUUGUUUUCGUGAAUGACUUUAACGAGGAAGACCCGAAAACAUGGAAGGAAAUUGACCCAAAACGAACAACGAUGCAUGAACUUUAUGAAAAAUUUGGCUUGGAUAAGAAUACAGCUGACUUUACCGGCCACGCCCUGGCUUUACAAACCACCGAUGAUUAUAUUUCUCAACCUUGUGGACCAACGCUGAACAAGAUCAAGCUGUACCAGGAGUCUUUAGCCCGAUAUGGGAAAAGUCCUUAUUUGUAUCCACUGUAUGGGCUGGGAGAACUGCCUCAGGGAUUUGCGAGACUUAGUGCCAUAUACGGCGGAACAUACAUGUUGGACAAACCAGUCGACGAGAUUAUCCUGGAGAAAGGAAAGGCGGUUGGCGUUCGCUGUGGGAAUGAGACUGUACGCUGCAAGCAGGUGUAUUGUGAUCCCAGCUAUGCCCCGGAUCGAGUUAAAAAAGUUGGCGAAGUUAUCCGUUGCAUCUGUUUGUUGGACCACCCAAUUCCCGAUGUGAACAACGCAUUGUCCACUCAGCUCAUCAUUCCCCAGAACCAGGUCAAUCGCAGAAACGAUAUUUAUAUUUCUUGCGUUUCCUUUACACACCAAGUCGCUUCGAAAGGAUGGUUUAUUGCCAUGGUUAGCACGACAGUGGAGACAUCUAAUCCUGAAGCUGAAAUUCAGCCUGGAAUCAAACUGCUUGGGCCUAUUCGACAAAAAUUUGUUUCCGUGAGCGAUCUGUUGGUGCCCACUGAUCUCGGACAGGAAAGUCAAAUAUUUAUUUCGCGAUCCUACGAUGCUGUAUCGCAUUUUGAGUCAACGUGCGAUGAUGUUUUGGACAUUUUCAAGCGUGGCACCGGAGAGAAGUUUGAUUUUACCAAGGUAAAACAUACUACGCUGGGUGAGGAAUAAAGGCGAGGCUGUGGACCUUCGGUUGCUGAAAUGGUUAUUAACAUAACAGUUUUUAUUAUUGGGUGUGGGUUUAUCGAUUCUAACUCCUUUUUAGUUUGCUCCUUAUUUUUUCGUUAAAUGUUUUGUGGCUUUUCGUUUUAUCGUUUUGCCAAUAUUUCGAGUGUCAUCAGAUUUACAUUCCUCGUGUCCUCAUGCCGAUUUCUGUUAGUUUGAGUAAGCAUUAUUUUAUUUUCUAAUUGGUGUUAACCAUUCUGAUGUGAUGCUGUCUGGAAUUACAGUACUCGUACUGUACGCAUGUACCGUAAUUGAUGAUCAUGAAAAUUUAAUUAAAUUAAUUCUCUUCG